AUGACCCGCACCAUCCCCGGGGGCUGCUACUGCGGCAAGAUCCGCUACGAGAUCACGCUGGACGACCCGGACAAGGAGGCCCGCACGUCCAUCUGCCACUGCGGCAACUGCAAAAAGUUCACCGGCGGCAACUUUGGGAUCACCAGCAAGAUCCCAAAGUCCAGCUUCAAGGUCACCCAGGGCCAGGACGCGGUCAAGGUCCACGAGGCCGAUAACGGCACGGGGACUAUCUUGCACCGGGAGUUUUGCAAGGAGUGUGGCAGUGGGCUGUUGGAGUAUGGGGCGAACGCGGGAGACUUCGUCUACAUCUUCUACGGCACGCUCGACCACCCGACGGACCUGCCGCCCAAGGGCGAGUUCUUCACCAGCAGGCGGGACCCGUGGAUGCCCGAGGUUCCCGGAUUAUUCCAGAAGAAGAAAAUCAAGGAGUAA